AAAAUUAAAGAGCCUAAAAAAGCGAGAGGCAUAAAUGAUAAAUCCCACCAAAGCUAUGCCCGUUUCACACUCUUUCCUUUCUCUGGCUGAUUCCACAGACACACACCGCUUUACUAUUAUGCAAGACCCUUCUCGCCCCGCCCCUCCUCCCUUCUACCACCAAAACGGCGGCCAGCCUCCUCCCCCCGCCGCCUCCGCCGCCAUCGCCACCGGCUACCCCUACGCUGCCCAACAACAAUACUACAACACCACUUACCCUCCUCCUCGCUCCUACGCCUCCCGCUCCUUCUUCCGCGCUUUCUUCGCCACCAUGAUCUGCCUCGCCGUCGUCUUCGGCGUCGUCCUCAUCAUCACCUGGCUCGUCCUCCGCCCCUCCCUCCCCCACUUCACCCUCCACUCCCUCUCCGUUUCCAACCUCUCCAGCACCUCCCAAUCCCUCUCCGCCACGUGGCACCUCUCCUUCCUCGUCCGCAACGGCAACAAGAAGAUGACCGUCUCCUACAACGCCCUCCGCUCUUCCAUCUUCUACCGCCAAAACUACAUCUCCGAGUCUCAGCUCGCUCCCUUCAGGCAGGACACCAGGUCCCAGACCACACUCAAUGCCACCCUCACCGCCGCCGGCACCUACCUCGAGCCCAAACUGAUCGACAAUCUCAACGCCGAGAGGAACGCCAGCUCGGUCCUCUUCGACGUUCAGGUCGUCGCCGCCACCUCUUUCCGCUCCGGCUCGUGGAGGUUCAGGACGAGGGUUCUCAAGGUUCUGUGCCGCAAAGUACCCGUCGGCGUCUCGUCCAAGUCCAGCUCCGGUGAUUUGGUCGGCGGAGAUCGGGAAUGUCAGGUGUGGACGUGAAUUUUCUGAGGGUGAUGUUUUUCAAAACCCUAGGUUUGGUAAUGGGGGGAAAUUUAAUUUUCUGAUUUUAUUAUAUAUAGUUAAUUGAUGCUUUCGACGGUUUAUAUUUAUGCGAUUUGGUUUAGGUUUCAAUGGAAUUUUGUUGGUAGUUUAUAUGAUUGUAUAUAGUUAUCAGCAACCUUAUAUUGUUUGCUUGCCUUUCUAGAGCACUCAGUGGAGAUUUGAAACUCUUUGUUAGUGGAAAAUUUGCAAUUGUAUGUUAAUUGGAGAUGGAGACAAAAAAGGAGGCAGAUAUUAAUAUUUAUUUGGAUAUCAUUGACUUA